GCUGAAAGAAGAUACCAACGCAACACCGAUCUCGUUCGUUUCCGUCGGUGGUAUCCGUGCAUUAAAUUCGUCGUGGAUAUCAGUUACUUUUGCAUUACAAUUCACACACGAACAGGAACAAGGACGAUUACGCGUGCGACGGAGCAGUUUGUCGCUAACAGGAUCCUGAUCUACGUCGGAGUAUUUAUCUGUGCCCGACGACGCAACGAAUCCGUCUUUGGGGAGGGGGAGGAUAGACUGUUGAGGAUUAGUGAAUCUGGGCAAAUUGCACCUUGCCUUAGCUUCAGUGCAUUAUUGUCGCGUCACUGUACCUCUGGGGUCGCGUUCGUGUGUCAUCGAAUCGAUUAAUUCCCAAAUGAAGUAGAAUAGUGGAAGAAAGCCAGUCCGUGUUCGACAGACACGCAAAACAACGAGUAGAAGGGGUGUUGUUGGUGCGGAAGGUGGGAAAGAAAACAUCCAACAUAUUUCAUCAAGUAGCCUUGUCGUCUUUGAUUAUACGCAACGAUACCGUGAAAACUCGCCGAUCUCAUUUUCCUGCUACGUCUCGUGGCAAGACAACAGUGUCCGUGUAUACGCGACAGUGACGCGAACGUCUCGAAAGAACCGUAGAAGCCGUGCGAGAAGAACAGACCACUGCCACCACCACCAGCAACGCAAUGGAGCUUACACCGGAAGAGAUUCGGGCCCGGAGGUUAAGAAAGCUUGGGGCGAAAAAUACACGAAACACGUCUACCAGUAACGCCCCGUCUUCCACGGACACGGAGAGCAUCGGUUCCAACUCCGAUGCCACUACCAGCACCAGCGCAAACUCUGCCCCGGUAGCGCCGCCAGCAUCAGCAGCAGCACCAGUGACAGUAGAAAAAGUGUCCGACACUCAACAGUUGACAUCCAACACUCCGAUCGUUCCGGGCAAACCGGAAUCGAUGGAAAGUAAUAGUGGCAGCGACAAUGUUGGUAGCAGCAGCAGUCUCAGCAGCAGCACCGCCGAAACCACCACCACCUCCGAUCUGAUCCUGCCGAGCAAAAUCGAAGCCUCGCUAAUGCUGGGCUUGGAAGUGGCGGAUCAAUCGCAACAGCAUCAAAAGGCACGCUCGGUUCUGGUGGCCGUUCCUCCGGCAUCAGCAACGAACGCCACGGUAGUGCGGAAGAAGCCAACGCCGGCAGUGCUUGCUACAACGAUGACCCCGGCCGGGUCCGCAAAUGCAUGGGCGUUCAAAAAGCGAUCCUCUUCCGAUUUUAGCUCGACCAAGCCGGACGGAGAUCAUCAUCAUACCGGGAUGGAAAGCGGUGGACUUGAUUCGAAGGUGCAAAGCGACCAGCAGGACAGUCGUGUGUCGGCCCAGGACGAGCUGCUACAGAUCAUGUUGCGCAUUAUGAAGAUAAACAGCAAAGCUCGCUAUUCCAAUUCCCGGUUUACGAUCGAAUCGACCAUUCUGGAAAACGCGCUUGAAAUGCUCGAUCGUCAGCGGUACGACGAGUUCUGUGCGGAGGUGAUCAGCGAGGUGAUUAAAGGCAUCUACUACGGCAAAUUGAUCGAGUCGCACGGCGACGAUAGCGAUGCGGGCCGUUUGUCGGACAGCUGGAGCACGAUCCCAAGCAAAAAGGUGAAACCGAUCAUGCUGGACGAGGUGGUUAUCGGAAGGGGAGGGCGCGGUGGUGGAAACAGCGCCGGGGGCAGUACUGCCACACCCAUGGACAUUGACAUCGAGAUGCAACCGGAAGAGGACACCUCAGCGGGGGGCUACUGUUCGUCGAAACCUUCGAUGAAAGCGUUCGCCAACAAUCGGGUAGCGGCGCUCGAGUAUCUGAUCGGUUGCUAUCUGCGCUCGAACGAGGAACUGUACAGCUACACGAAGGUGAAGAAAAGCAAGAAAAUGUAUCUCGCCGAAACGCUUCCCAACGUAGUAGCGGUGAUAAGGCAGCAAACACUCAAGUACGCCAUCCUGGUGUUGAAAAACACCUUCCAAAGCUUUUGCCAGCCGGGCGACGGUGGUGGCGAGAGUGGCAGCAGUAGUGCGGCGGUCAGCACUGGUAACAAAGCAUCGGCCGCGGGCAGUACCGCGCUGGAGAAAUCUCCCCUCCUAACACUCAUGUACGAAAACAAAGUGUCGUCCGAUUUCAUGUCGAAUCUAAUGGCGGAAAGCCGCCGAUCGGACGGUGAGGAAGACUUCCGCGCCAUCUUCAAUGCCGUGCUGGACGAUCUGUUCAUCGACAUGCAGAACGCAAUCUGCAACGAAAACAUCGUAGCAGACCCGCUCAAUCGACUGAAGGAACUGAUCGAAACGCGCGUCGACAAUGCGCACCCGAUCUGUUUGCUGAUUGUGGAACACAAGAUCUUCCUGACCGCGUUCACGCCGGACAAGUACUUUGCGCGCGAAAUAUCGAAAGUUUCCUUUCUCGCACCGUUCCUAUCGCUGUCGGUACUGCUGGACGAGAAUCCCAAGUUCGCGAGCCACCACUUUUCGGACAACGUUUGCGAUCGUACGCUCGCCAACUCGUUUCACACGAUCCUUAGCCACACCCGCAAGGUGCUGCACUCGAUCUUCCUGGUGCUGCUGACCAACCAGUACAGUCGGUUCGAGAUGCUCAACUACAUUGCGGCCAUACUGAAAUCGAACGCCAAGCGCAUCCAGUACAAUGCGGACGACCGGUUCCUGGCCAAGGAUGGCUUCAUGCUCAACUUUAUGUCCGUGCUGCAGCUCCUGUCGGUGAAGAUCAACCUGUCGCGCAUCGACCCACUCUACCCGCACCAUCCGGAAAGUUUGGUCGAGAUCGACGAUGAAACGAAGCUCAAGUUCUCCUCCCAGGAGUAUGCCGAUUGGCUGGCGACGCUGAAAGACGUGAAGGAUUGGGAGCAACACAAGUUCGUAACGCACUGCUGGUUCCUGACGCUGCACGCGCACCAUCUCGGCAUCAUCCCGGCAAUUCAACGCUACAACAAGCUGCUUCGUGCGACGAAAGAGCUGCAGCGGAUGGUGGACGAACUGAACGCGACCAAAUCGCAAUGGGAAAAUACGCCGCUCGCCCGCCGCAACAAGCAGGUGCGCGACCGUUGCGUCAGCCAGAUGAACAAGCUGUCGAAGGCGAAGCUCAGCUGCGACAUUGCGAUCAUCGAUCCAAACGUGCUGAGUGCCUGCAUGCAGUUCUACUCAACCGUGUGCGAGUAUAUGCUGUAUCAAAUUGAAAACCGGCCGAUCGAUGGGCCGUUCACCAACCAGAAGCAUCCUUCGACCUUGGUUGCGAGCGAAAACUUUUCCGCCCUGCCCGAAUGGUACAUCGAGGACAUUGCGGACUUUAUACUCUUCUGCAUGCAACACAGCAUCAGUGUGAUCGACUACGUGGACAAUUCGAUAAUCACCUGGAUCCUGACGCUGGUAUGUGCACCGCAACUGAUCAAGAAUCCCUACAUCACUGCCAAACUGAUUGAGGUCCUGUUUGUCACUUCGCCAACCAUACAGACCACCUCGCAAAGGCUGUAUCUGCAGAUUAUCAAUCACGAACUGGCUCAGACUGCGUUAGUAAGUGCACUUAUGAAGUUUUAUACGGAUAUCGAAACGACGGGACAAAGUACUGAAUUUUAUGACAAAUUUACGAUAAGAUACCAUAUAAGCCAUCUGUUUAAGGGUCUCUGGGAGAGCGCCCUGCACCGGCAGGCGUUCGUGAACGAAUCGAAAAGCGGCAAGCAGUUUGUAAAGUUUGUCAACUUUUUCCUCAACGACACCACUUACCUGCUGGACGAGUGUUUGGAGUAUCUGAAGCGCAUCCACGAAACGCAGGUCCUAAUGAUGGACGAUGCCGGCUGGAACGCGCUGACGCAGGAAGCGCAACAGAGCCGCCAGCGACAGCUGGUACAGGACGAGCGACAGUGCCGCUCGUACCUGACGCUGGCCCGCGAAACCGUGGACAUGUUCCACUACAUGACGAUCGACAUCAAGGAGCCGUUUCUGCGCCCGGAGCUGAUCGAUCGGCUAAGCUCGAUGUUGAACUACAAUCUGCACCAGCUUUGCGGCCCGAAAUGCAAUGAUCUGCGCGUUCGCCAUCCGCACAAGUACGGGUGGGAACCGAGGCGGCUGUUGGGCCAGCUGGUCGACAUCUAUCUGCAUCUGAGCUGUGAUGAGUUUGCGGCCGCACUCGCCGCCGACGAGCGGUCGUUUGAGAAGCAAUUCUUCGAGGAUGCGGCCAACCGAGUGGAACGGAUCGGCAUCCGCUCGCACCGGGACGUAGACGAGUUUCGCAAGCUGAUCCAGAAGGCGGCUGAAAUUUACGUGAAAAAUCAGGAGAAUGCAGAUGAGUUUGCGGAAGCGCCGGACGAUUUUAAGGAUCCACUGAUGGACACGCUGAUGACGGAUCCGGUCGUGCUGCCGUCCGGCACGAUCAUGGACCGAGCUAUCAUUACGCGGCAUCUGCUGAACAGCAGCACCGAUCCAUUCAACCGUCAGCCACUUACCGAAGACAUGCUAAAACCGGCAACUGAACUGAAGGAACGCAUUCAGCAGUGGAUUAAAGAGUACCGGGCGCAGAAGAAAUCAAGUUAGAUUGCUUCGCCUAUUCCCUCGAAAUAUAUUAGAGAUCGUGACAUAAGUGGGUUACGGAACUUACUUCUUCUUCCUUCUUACUACAUCCGCCGCAGUCGCCGAAACCAAUAUGUAGUAGGGAAAAUACCGCAAACGAAGGGUGCACUUUCGGUGGGGGGGUGGCGUAUGAUGGCUGCAAUAAAUUUUGAACAAAAAAAAAACACAAAAUCAACAUCAUCUACUGCCCUCUGCCGCCAGUGCAAAUCGAACGAAAAUGAACUAUUUGAUGGCUGCAAUGAUGAUUCUCAAUCCGCUUAUGUUGUUGUAUUGCGUGCGUG